GGCCAAAAAUCAAUGGAUGUCAAAGGAAAUGUCCAAGAAACUCGGUGAGAACUCAUCGAUCCUUUAACUUUUGACAUUCCUCCCAUCACUUUUGGACCAAAAAAGACUACUGGGUGGAAAUAUAUAGCUAAAGUUAUCAUUGGUGAUCACUGGGAUCUAUUUAAGAAGAAAAAUCCUCCAAUGAGGCAAGAUUCAAGCCAGAGUCUCUCAAAAACAAUAUGCUCUAAAUAAAUCUCCUUCAAGAACAAAAAGUCUCAAAACACCCAAAAAUCGCCCCCGAACAUCCUACAAAGGCUCUAAACAAUAUCACCCCCGGCCCAUCACCCAGUCAAUUUCCCCUCCAAAUCUAAGUAAAUCCUUCCACUCCCUUCAGGCUAACCCCCAUCUCCUCUUCGCAGGCACUCGAGCGAGCUCGAGUGCCUGCCGGAGGCUACAUGGGGGAAAGAAACUGAAGAGAGUGGGCGAGAUUAAGGUUGGGGAUGAAGUUCAUGGCAUGCGUAGGGGGAGUAAAGAGUGGGUGAAGGUAGAUGGGGGUAUGAGCGGUAGGAAGUUUAUAAAAGGGGGUUUGAAGAGGAAGAAAACUGUUUCGAAUGAAAAAUAAGCUGUUCUAUAAAAUUGAUGUUAAGAGGAAAGUAGAUAAAUAGCAUGAGAGAGCUGAAGAAGAACUUGAAGACUAUGUUUAAGGAACCUACAAGGAAUUUAAAUCAGAGCCAGGAAUUUCAGAAGACAAGUGUGAAUGAAAACUCACAUGAGACUUUGCAGAAAUCUUCAUUAACCUUCUUGAAGACAAAAAGGCCAAUGACAGGGUACCUUAACUACCGCUGUCAGACAUCAAACCCUAUGAAGAAAUCCGGGAGGGCUUCUAAGAAGGGAUCUUUACUAGGAACCGGUUCAAGGUUGCUCUCAGUAUCAUACAGGACCAAACUCCCCUCUAAACUAAAGAAGAGCUCCAUGACCAAGAAGCAAAUGGAGACUCUUAAGCUACAUUCGAUCUAUUACCAAGCAAUGGGGAAGUAAAUUCAAUUAUUCAGCAC